GAUCCCUGCACGUGGGGCUGUGGGGGCCCAUCCUAAGGGCCGGGGGCUGUGGGGGCCCAUCCUAAGGGCCGGGGGCUUUGGGGGCCCAUCCUGGGGGCCGGCCUGGGGCUUCUGGGGGGCCUGCUGUAAGUUCCGCUGAGGGCAGGAGGAAAGGGUGAGGACAGAGACCUGGCCCCUGUGGCCUGUGAAGGCAUCGAGUACUUUGGGAACACCUCUGGCUCUUGAGGUGGCGUGGAAAGUGUCUCGGGUUCAUAGUGAGGCUCCAGGGCGAGCCUCGAUUCCACUGUGGGAACCAGGGGCCUCACAGGGGCAGUGGGGAACCUGUGGGGCUGGAGCCGCCCACCAUACAUGGCACAAAUGAGACUCUUACAUUGUGAACUGUGCACAUUUGCAUCUUAUGUUGUCUGUUUCCCACUCCAGCGUGUUGCUAACCCUGCAAGCGGGCAGUGGUGUGCCCACGGUGGGGAUGGGUGCUCGAAAUGCACUGGUGCUGACGUGGACCUGCCCCUCGAGGGUCAGCUACCCCGGGGCAGCAGGCCCUGAGCUGGUGGAGAGACGGGGAGCUGCCAGUCACGGGUGGGGCCCCUAGGUCGUGGUUCUGAGAAGGCCACGCCAGCAAGCGCCCUUUGCCAAGACCGUCAUUCAGGCCCAGGAAAAGAAAGUGAACAGGAAUGCGACUGGCCGCUUAAGCCCUAGGAGUGCCAUUAAGAGGCCGUGGUGUAAAAAUACUUGUUUUCUCAGCUUAAAAAUCCAAAGCUGUGUCGGAGGAGGAGGUCACCGCACAGAGGCCACUCCAUCUCCCCCACCCACCAUCCAGCACGGCCGCUCUGUGUAGGGAUCUCAGGAGGGCUGAGUCCCCGAGAGGAGACCAACCCAUAGCCUGCUCAGAAGCACUGCAGGUGGCAGUGGGGUCUCCCAGUAACACUGGCCUCAGACCUUCCUGUCCAGCACCGCGUGGUUUCCCGAAGUUGGAUGGCCGGGCUUGCCGAGCUGAGCCUCGUCCUGCCCUGCGCCCACCUGCCCCGAGGCUCCAGGCCCAGGAGGUCCCGGACAGUUCAGAGGGGCUGGAACACAGCGGGCCUUGCUGCCCACGUGGUCAAAUGGAACAAGACAUGGCCCCCCUGAGGGAGCGCCAGAGACCCACCCGGCCUUGACGCUCGCAUGCAGGGAUCACGAGGGAGGAGGCUGGUGCUGCCUGACCUGUGGCUGUCAAGACCACAGGGUCGCAGACGGGGGGGCGCCUCAGACAUACCAGCCAGAAGGUGCAGAAGCCGCUGGAAGCCGCAGAGCCGUGCCUGCACUCUGAGCGCCUCGCCUGGGACCCACACCCUGGCAACCAGCUCGCCAGAACCUGCCCCGGGGCCGCCGACCAGCCCCUGCUCCCGAUGGCCCUCCUGCAGGGCGUGUCCCGGAGGAGGAGGGCCGUUCGGAGGGUGGGCUCCGGGCCUCGGGCUACUCCACAUGGUGGGACCCGCUGAGAUCCACGGGCCGGAGGAGGCUCUCCUGCUGUGAAGGGAGUGAGGGGCGCCCUCGCUGCAAGGCAGUGUCGGUGUGGUCGUGCAGAGGGUUCUGCGAUGUCAGCCCCUCGCCACCUGGCCUGCCCACCCUACACGCUCAUCCCAGACCUAUGGGGGCGACUCAAGCUCAGACAGUGACCUGUGAGUGGUGUGAGGGUCGCUUAGAGCCCAGCUGAAGGGAGGCAGCAAAGGGGGGCUCUACCUCCAGGCCAACUCCUGACCCCCUGCGCCCCCUCCUGACGCUGCUCGUGGGGCCCAGGGGAGCAGCCCUCCCGUCUGCCUGGAGAUCAUUACAGACCCUGCAGACAUGCCCAGAACCUGCGUGAAUGCAGGAUCUUCCUUAGAAGGCAGAUGGGGGACCCACCAACACGAGUGUUUCCCUUUCUGACGAUGCUGCGCUGGAGGAAAAGGCGGUAGCUCAUUCUGCGGCUGUGGCGGAGCAGAGAAGAACCAGCUCUUCCUGCUGAUGCUUCCUCUCCUGUCAGUCCACGCAAGAGGAGGGAGCUGUGGAGAGUAUGUGGGCCAGCCCAUGCACAGACACGUGUGCACACACUCACACACACAGGGAUAGGGUGCCAGCACACACGCAUGCACACACUUGCACACACAGGGACAUGUGUGCCGACAUACACGUGCACAUGCCCGCACGCCCAGACAUGUGCCCCAGCACAUGUGCUCACACACAGGCACAUGCACCAGCACACACGUGUGCAAACUUGUACACCCACAGGCAUGUGCGCCAGCACAAAGGCACACACGUGUGCACGCAGUCAGGGGCUGCUGAAGAUUUUCCAGAAGUCACCUUGGAGCACUGCCUGCAAACAGCGGCUCCUGACUGUCCGGGCCCUUCCUGCUGAGAGCAGUGGAGCUCUGAAAUGACCUCUGAAGGCCCGCUGCGGCUGCACCCCUGGCCUUCAGGACUUUGUCUCCGGGUGGCCAGGGCCUGCCUGGGGACAGCACAGCACAGGUCAGUAGGCGCCCUGGAGCCUGUGCGGGUGCUGGAAACGGAGGAGGACGCACAGCACCCAGUUCUUACCUGCAGGGAACUCAGCCCAGAGGCGAGGGCAGGUCCACGAAUGACCCAGCCCGGGGCGUGGGUGCCGAGUACCAGGGAGGCCAGGCCUGGCAGAAAACUCCCUCCACGGAAGGUCACUUAACCCUGGGCAGGGGGCCCAGGUCCCCAUGAAGGACGGCGCUGGAGGAUGUCAGGAGCCAGGGACACAGGCUCAGGGCUGGGGGAGGAACAGCGUGCGAGGUGGCGAGGGCCAGCGGAUGAAGUGGCACAGCUGGCAGGGCGCCCACAAGGGGCUGGCCCUGACCCCAUCCCUGGCGGUGCCCCAGCCCCGAGGCCUGCGAGCUGAAAAGACCCUGAGUAGCCAAUCUGGCCACCAGACUCUGUAGGAGACCCUCCAGAACCAUGGCCGCCAGAGGCGCCCUGCCGGGCAUCCUGCCCAGAGCGCUCCUUAAAGUUGGGAGCCUCCUAGACUGUGCCAGCUGCAGGACCAGGGCCCAGGAGUCCGAAGACCAGGGGAAGGACGUCAGGAGUGAAGCAGAAGAUGCCAGCUGCCAGGCCAGCCUGGAGGACAAGCAGGACGGGGCCCAGGAUGCCCGCGGGCAGGCGCCGGAGGACACAAAGGUGGAGGAGGCCAGCACCCGCCGCGAGCAGCCGGCUGGAGGGGAGGGCGCAGACGAGUGCACCCCGGAGGCCAAGGAACAGGAGCCCGAGUCCAUCAAGCUAGACGACCUUCUGGAGAAAGAGAAACCAUCUGUGUUUGUGGACAUUGACCUGGGAGACCGUGCCGAGGAGGUAAAGCGCCAGAGCCGAGAAAGCCGGGCCACCCACAGGGAGGCAGCAAGCUCGGGGCCCACAGCGGUCCUGGGAACGUGCCCUAGCAGGGUGUGCUGGCCGCUGAGGAGAGACAGGGCCUGGGGUUUGAGGGCUGGCCUGGGGACCAGAGGGCACCCGGGCCUCUUUCUCACUCCCUCACGCCAACCCACACGCGUUUCUGCGCCACCAGCAACACCAGGGCCUGGGUCAACACUCGAGGUGCCCGGGGGCCUCGAGAACCUCUUGUGGGAUUGUGGUCCAAGCCAAGAGCUGGAAGAUUUAGUCUCCACAUGCAGGGAAGGCUCACACAAGUCACCAUGCCUUUCCAUGACUCAGUUUUAUCAUCUGCAAAAUGGGAAUCUUAAUACUUGCAGCCCAGCAUUGUUCUGUAGCACCCUCAGAACACUGCCUGGUGCCCAGAGAGCCCCUGUAUCAGGUACUAUCUUCCCCACCACCACCAUCGUCCCUGUCUCCACCAUCAUCAAGACUACCACCCCACUCACUGUCUCCAUCAGCAUCAGCUUCACUGCACCACCUCCAACACCACCAUCAUUUCAGCACCACUCUCUGUAAAUGGAAGUGGUUGACCCAGUGGCCUGACUGGGUCUUUCCAACACAAAUAUUCUCCGUUUCUGUUGUAGUGAGUAGCCGUCUCUUUGGAAGCUUUCUCUAAUUCGCCCCUGCCUCAGGGCUGCUCCUUUCCAGGUGGUACUUCCUAGCUCUUUGCCCUCAGAACACGAUGCACGGUGAAGAGAGUCGGUGACUGGCUCACCCCAAGGUUACCGUGGCUCAAGAAGGUUCAGCCAGGGGCACAGCUGGGACUAAGGGACCAGGCCUUCUGACUUGCAUUCCAGGGUCAAGGGCAUGGUUCCUUGGUCUGGGUCCCCUAGCUAGAAAUCCCUGCCUGACGGGGCCUGCUGCAUGGGAGGACGCUCAGGGCUGUCUCCAUGGCCCCAUCUUGUUCUCGGCGGGUCCAACAGGUCCAGCCUUGGUCCCUAAUGCCUCCCACCCCGUCCCCUCAACUGCUCCCACCCCACAGGUGAUCACGUGCAUCACGAAAGAAGAGAAGCAGUCCCAGAAGGACAUGGGGGAUGUGUCAGAGGACGAGUGAGUGAGGAGUCCACUCAGGGGAGGUGGGCUGGGGUCAGGGGAGUGUUUGUCCCAACGCCUCCACCCUCUUGGGUAGAGAUCAUGAGGCUCUGGAGCCAGGAGGAGGCAUGAUGCUCGCCCGAGGGCUGUGGGUCGAUGGUAUUUUAAUCGGUACAGAGAAGCACAAAGAAGAAAAUAGCUAUUCAUCCACUUCUCACCUGAAUUAACUGUACUAAUAUCUCAGCUAAUUUGCUUGCACAGUUUUAAAAAGAAAAAUUUCUCUGUUUACCUUGUAAAAUUGAUGUUUAAAAUAAAUGAAGUCACAUGAAAUAGCACAACAGAGAGGAAAAGUUUAAAAUACCCAAGUGCCACCAACUGGAAACAGUGGGGGCAUCUGGGAGCCUGGGCCUCGAGGGACCAGGAGCAGAGGCUGGAGCGUGGGCGAGCUGGGGCGGGGGGCCCCCGGCCACACUCCUGUGCUUCCAGACGUGCUUGGCCGCAGCAUCCCGGGCCUUUGCGACUUGGCGGUGGCUGUUACUGCCUUUCCUCGGGUUGGGUUCCGGGGGGACAGUGUCCCUGUGAGGAGGUCUCACCCCCAAGUCUGUGCUGAUCUCUGCUCACACGGCCAGGCACACAGCUUUUACCAAGGUGUCAGGACUGCCUGGCAUAGCCUCAGAUCUAAGCUUGCCAGGAAAGUCUUCCUUAAGCUAAUGUCUGCUUUUCUCAUCGUUUCUUACUGGAUGUGGUGAUGGACUUGGUCACCCUGGACACAACCUGGCAGCUCCUUUUCUGCCCCAGGCCAGGCGGGCCCAGGCCCACCUCUCAGCCUCCGGGUCUGGCUCCCACACUCUGUGCUCAGCGGCCCCAGAGAACCUGUGGAUGGGCCAUGCCUAGGAACCAGGCCUCGGCGGCCGGCAGCUGCUCGGCCGACAGGACAGGGUCUGCUCAUAGAGGGUGCCUGGAUAUGCACCAGGGAGGCGGGGUCACCUGCCUGCUCACCCACAGCCUCAGUCCGUCCAGUUGGCCCCCUCGGGCACCCAGGUGCCUGUUAGGGGCCCAUUGGGGCACUUUGGCCCAGAGCCAUGGAGGUCCCUGUGAAGAGGAGUGCCAUCUGACCCCAGAGACAGCCUUGGUUGGAAGUGGAAUCCCCAGAGUCCCCCCUAGCAGGAAUAGGCACAGGCCACAGUGCUCUGGAAACACUGGGCUGGGGUGGGCACUGUCCACCCGUGAUGCCUCUUCACGGCUGGCUGUGGAUGGAUGGGGCAGCAGGCUCAGUGGGCCUUCAAGGCCUCUUGUGCUCAAGGGGCUCCUGUUGGGCUGGAGAAGCCGAGGCAGCAGAGGGGAGGGCCCCAGAGGGGCCUGGGAGCUGUCUCUGGCUGGCGAGCUUACCCACGCGGAGUUGGUGGGA